UAUUAAACAAGUAUAACUAAAUCAACUCAACUAAGAACAGAAGUAGUGAAUGUAUACGGGUUCUGCUCUCUUUGCCAGCUUACUGCAAGUCUGCUUCUUGUAAUUAAUUCACCUUUUUAUUGCCUUUUCCAAUGGUUGUUCAUCAAUCUCUCUCUUUACUUCAGUUCAUGGCUGAUCAAGGGCUCGUGCCAUCUCCUGACGAAAAUAUCAAAAGGGACUCCGUUAUUCAGAAGCUCAAUAAGAUUGUGCAAUGUUGGAUUAAAAAAAUUGCUUGGCAGAGGAUGUUAUCGGAAAACGUUAUUAGAGAUGCCUCAGCUGCAGUCUUACUUUAUGGAUCAUAUGGCCUUGGAGUUCAUGAUUCAGAGUCGGACAUUGAUGCUUUAUGUGUUGUUCCUUGGUUUGCUACUAUGGCUGAGGAUUUCUUUAUUGUAUUAUACAAUAUGCUUAAAGGAAGACCUGAAGUGUCUGAUAUUCGUUGUGUCAAGGAUGCUAAGGUCCCAUUGAUGCGGUUUGAAUUUGAAGGGAUUCCAAUUGAUUUUCCAUACGCUCAACUCCAAGUUAUAUCUAUUCCUGAAAGUGUGGACUUGCUGAAUCCUUCCUUUCUGACAAAAAUUGAUGAAACUAGUUGGAGAAGUAUAUCUGGUGUGAUUGUCAACGUGCGUGUUCUUCAACUUGUUCCAAACUUGGAGAAUUUCCGGUCAUUGCUACGUUGCACCAAAUUUUGGGCAAAACGACGAGGAAUUUAUGGUAAUCUGUUUGGAUUUUUUGGAGGAAUACAUUUGGCUAUCUUAUCAGCCGUUAUUUGCCAGAGGAGUCCAGAUGCUUGUUUGAGUGCUCUUGUGAUGAGCUUCUUUAGCACAUUUGCUAGUUGGCCAUGGUCUACACCUGUUGUCUUGCAAGAUGGAAGUAUGCAAUCUGUAGAAGAUGUGACUGAAAAUAGAUGUUUGAUGCCUAUUAAACUACCUUGCAGCCCAUAUCAAUACUGCCAAUCCUACAUCACUCGCAGCACUUUCAACAGAAUUAGGGUAGAAUUUCUCCGAGGGCAGAAGAUGACCAAUGACAUUCUGAAGCCUGAUUUUAACUGGGACAGGUUAUUUGAACCUUAUUGUAAUAUGUACCUGAGUAGGUAUCCCCGAUUUCUCAAAAUUUACCUUGUGGCGUGUGUGAAAGAUAGCUUAGGGGAUUGGAUUGGAUGGGUGAAGUCACGUUUCCCCUCUCUCAUUUUGAAGUUGGAGGAGAUCCGAGUUUCCUGUGAUCCCAACCCGACCGAGUAUGCUAAUACCAGUACUGUAGACAAAGAGCCAGCCAUAUUCUUUUACUGGGGCCUUAAUAUGGCCCGAGGUGUGGAUUUAACUUCAGUUCUGAAAGAAUUCAAGAACAAUCUCACUGACGAUUACCAAGGAAUGCCAGGGAAGAUUGUAUUAAGUAUCGUUUCAGCUUCAGAGCUUUCCGACAUUGAUCAGAUUCCUACGAGAGCACGCCGGAGAGUUGUUGAUUAUGAUCAGCAGCGCAUACCUGUGUACUCAAGACACUUGCCAAACUAUGUGGUUGGAUUUAUGGCUAGUCAAGGAGAUCAUUCCGGCUUUUGUGUUUAGACGAGGUAUUGAUCUGAUUAAACAAUGCAAUGCUAAUUUGAAUUGAUUUAUUGGUUGUAGUUGUAGAUAUAGUGCUAAAUAGGACCAAAAGAAAUACAAUCAUAAUAAGCAACAUUUUUUGUUAUUUUGUUUUGAAAAACAUUUUUUUUUUCUUUUACAUU